GGAACACCACUCCUGGCCUCACACUUCCGGGUCGGGGAUUAUGUGGACGUUUGGGGCAAAACCAUUGAUCACGGCUUUCAGGGCGUCGUCAAGCGAUGGAACUUCAAAGGACAGGACAGAUACCGUGGCGUCACUAAAGCCCACAAUAGACCCGGUACUAUAGGUAGGGGCAGGAAAGUGAUGGGUCCCUGGAAGGGACACCCGAUGGCCGGACAUAUGGGCUCCGAGCGGAGGACUAUGGGAGGGCUCAAGAUUUGGAGGAUUAAUACCAAGCAUAACGUGAUUUGGGUGAACGGGCCGGCAGUUCCCGGUCCUAAUCACUCGUGGGUUUACAUUUAUGACACAAAUGUCCCUGACAAGAAACACUCGGAUGAGAAUCCGCCGCCAUUUCCCACAUACUAUGCGGAGGACUCCAAGGAAGCGCUUCCCGAAGACAUAUACGACAAAGAGCUGCACGCCUUCGAUGAGCCGACGGUUAUAUUCGAGGAGACAGAAGCCGAACGUAAGGCCGCAUUAGCCGCAGCCAAAGCCACCAAAAAGGCUAAAAUCGCUAAAAUUCGCUGAUUUUAUAGUAGUCUUUGAAACAUAGUUUCUAAUAUUUUUACGGCAAUUCAAUAGUCAAUUAAGAAAUGUAAAUAUUUUCAAAUAAACUUAUAUCAAGCAUACAAUC